GUGUGCACACGCGCACAACCGGAAAUAGGGAAUUUCUCAUCAUGGCUGACGUGGAGUUCCACAGCCAAGAGCAGGGAUUGAUGAACGAUGUGUCUCUGGAAGGGGAGAUAACUGUUCCUGGCCUUCCUCAAACAGAAGAUGAUGAUGAUCAUUUCUCUACACUGGACGAGCCUGUUAAAGACACGGUGAUGCGAGAUGUCAAAGCUGUUGGUCAAAAGUUUUUCCAUGUGUUGUAUCCAAAAACAAGCAGGGCUCUUCUAAAGGAAUGGGACCUAUGGGGACCACUGAUCCUGUGUGUCUUUAUGGCAAUGAUGCUCCAGGGCUCAUCGGAACAUCUAGACAAGAUGAACGAUGGAGGCCCACAGUUUGCAGAGGUGUUUGUGAUCUACUGGGUCGGAGCAGUGGUUGUCACACUCAACACUAAACUUUUAGGAGGGAACAUCUCGUUUUUCCAGAGUAUCUGUGUUUUGGGCUACUGCGUGUUUCCGUUGACGGUGGCCUUGAUCGUAUGUCGUAUUGUCCUAAUUGCCUCUCAAACAACAGCACUGUUUAUCGUCAGAUUCAUCAUAGUGGUCAUAGCAUUUGCCUGGUCCACUUUUGCCUCCACAGCAUUCCUUGCUGACAGCCAACCCGCUAACAGGAAGGCCCUGGCCGUAUAUCCAAUAUUCUUGUUUUAUUUUAUCAUUAGUUGGUUAAUUAUAUCUCAUACACAUACAUAGCAGAUAUGCUUUUAAACUAAUAUUAUUAUAGAUAUAAUUUAAUAAUUGCGGGGUUAUUCCAUUCUGUAGAUCAUUUCCAUGAAUUAUUUUCCAUGUUGAACAAAGUUUGUGUCUUUCAUAUAUAUACAAAGAGUUCAACUUUAUAAGAUUCAGUGUUUUUUAAUUAAUAUUUAAAAAAUAGAUGGGUAUAAGUAACAAAUGGUUUCAUUUUCAAAUUUCCAAUGUGUAUAAAUGAUUGGUAUGUAACACUAUCACUCAUUGGUCCUAAUGAGAUCACAUGACAUCAAUUAUUUCCUUGGAAACACCCCAUGACAUCAACGAGGAGUCAGUAUAAUGUUUGUCAGGUCCGUGGAAUCUUAUAUUGACUCCUGCUAAAAAAUAGAAAUUAUGUCAUCUGUGCUGAGAUGUAUUUUUAGCAGAGGUUAAUAUAACAUUGCAUGGACUUGGCGAAACAUUAUAUUGACCUCCCGGUGAUGUGAUGAGGUAUUUUAAAGAAUCUUUCUUAGUUUUUAUUUUUUGUUUUGUUUUCUUUUUUUGGCCUUGGGGAAUACUUUCCAGGUUAGGUUCGUAAAACCAUGGAUUGCCCGAAACUCAAGUCUGCAUUUGUUUCGUAUCAUAUUUGUAGUACAGAAAAAAACAUUUUAGGCAUGAUGCAUCACAUAUUGUAUUUUCUAUAAAACCUCUCUAAUCUGACCCCUAAGUUUUCUGACAUUUCGACAGAUCCAAAAUAGUGCUGCAAUCCCAGUUCCCAGUUUUGAUAAUGUCACCUGUAUAUUCUGAAAACCUGUCUAAUCCAGCUAUUAUAUUUUCUCACAGGCGUGUCAGAUUAGACAGGUUUUGUUUUAAUGACAAAGUCUUGUAGAUUACUCUUAAGAAUUUUACACUCAAUAAGCCGUCCACCUCUAGUACAUGUCAGAAAUAAAGAAAUUUUAAAGGGAGGGGGCUUAUUGCAAAAUGUAGGCCUGGUUUCAAUACAGAUUCUAUUUGAAACUUACAUUUUCGGCAAAUGGAAAAUACCUUAAAUAGAGGAGGCUAUUGUGGAAUACUUUUGACGAAAUGUUAAUCUAUGCGAGCCGUUAAAAUGUGUCUGGCUUCUGUUUGUAUUAUAGGAAAUUUCCGAGUAAAUAUUUGUUACAAAUAUAUCGGAGCUGCAAAGAGUAGUAAAACAUCCUUAAUUUUGUGGAAUAUUUUCCAUUUUUGAAUAAAACAUGGAUCUUGGUUAAUAUUCUUGAUUUUGACUAGUCUCUGUGACUAACUGUAAUAUUUACGUAUCAUACUUAAAAAAUUCAGAUUUAAUGUUUUUCAAAAACGUUAAUUAUAGCUUUCAAUCUACAACUGAUAGUAUACAUGCGUACAUCACUGUCUUAUAUCUUUUGAAUUCUAGAGAGAACUUACGCAAAUUUGUGUGGAAAUGUAUUAUGUGUCAAUGCAACAUCAAUGAACUUGUUAUUUCAAUUAUGAUUGUGUCAAUUUAAAGUUGAUUUUAAUUUCAAGUCUAGCCAAAUUCAGGAAAAGUUCCUGUCCAUGUAUGUAUGUAAGAUGACUUUUAAUACAAGACAGAUUGAGAGUUUAUAUAUACCUUGUAGUGAUCAAUGCAAUUUCCAUAACCGUAUGAAAGAUGAAACAUAUACAUACAUACAAAGUAUACCGUAAAUCAAAAUAAAAAAUAAACAUCUUCAGAACAUUUUAAAAAUCCCAAAAGCCGUCAUCUUUCAAAAAUAUAAAAAUAUAAAUACAUAUGGCAUUAACAUCAGUAAUUAGACAAUACAAACCUGCUUCGAGUUGGAUCCGGUCUCAUGCCGAAAAUCGUACUGAGUAUUUAAAAGAACAUUGUGAAACUAGGUCACUGUAGCUGUUGAGUUUGAUGUUUGUCAGGUAAUUUCUUGCUAGGAGCUAGUUAAGACAUGAAGGUAUCAUUGUUAAGUUAGGAAGAUAAUUUAUCACAUAAUCGACCUGUUAAAUCCAGUGAAUUCGUUCGUGUAAUAAUUUUGCAUAUGCCACUAGUGUAAUAUACCAUGGUGUGUUUUUCAAUAUUAUCUUAAAUUUGUUUUCAUUUCCAAAAAUAGAGACUGCUAAGACUCAUUUCAUAUAAGAUUUUAUCAAAUGAGUCUCGAUCAUUUCAUAAAAUCUCAUAUGAAUUAAAACUCAUCCUACCAGCUUUAUUCAUUGUGUAAAUGCUCAUUGCAGGGCUGUUCUCGAACUUAAGGUGUUACUUAGCUAAAUAUAUCUUUACAUUCUUGUUGUAUAUAUCAUUAUAAACAAUACCUUUUGUUCAGAGACUGUAGAUAAUUAUGGUGAAGGUGUGAGAGUUAUUUUUAAUGGUAAUGCAAAAAUGGGUCUUCUGUCAAUAUCGUGUUUAAUAUGAAAACACAAUUCUACAAUAUAAAGUUUUUUUCAAUGAAUUUUCCUGAAUUUAUUGAUAGGCCAAAUUUAAGAUAACUCAAAUAAUUUCUGUUACUAUUGAAUAGAGAAAACAAAAGUUUUUACAACCUGAACUUUUUACAAUGCCGUUUUGACAAUACCUUGGUGAGUGUUUGAAGGAAGUUUGGUUUUGUCAAUAUCAAUUUCUUCAAUCAUUUGCGGUAUAAUGCACAUAUAGAUAACGCGAGAAAAAUCUAGGUAUUUAUUUUUUAAGACACAAAGUUUCAUUGAAAUCCAUCCACGAAUAAAGUUAGGGUAAUUUUGAUCGAAAAUGUAAGAAAUACAUUUAUAGCAGAAUUAAAUCUUCGGGAUAUUGUAUUUAGCCAACAACUGUACAUGUUCAUCAUAUAUAUUAUUUAUUGUUUUUCUUGGUGAGAGGUUUAUGCAAUUUUUUCAAUGUUUUAAGGUGUUUCUGUAAAUAUUCAACAUUGAAAAUGCAUCUUUGAGAUUUAAAUAUGUGUUCAUAACGGUCAGCGAUUUGGUAAUGACGAGUAGAAAAAUGAAAUACUGCAAAUUCCUUAAUUUUUGAGAACAUUAUUUUUUUUUGAUGAUUUCUUUGUUACAAUAAGCUGAAUUCUGAGAACUUGUUCAGGUACAUUUACCUUGGUAUAACAAUAUGUCGAGUAUAAUAUGCAAUCGACACUCAUUGAUGCACUUGUAAAAUUUCACAUUAACUGCUAUGAAAGGGCUUUUGUAUAAAUUGUACAAACACAAUUUUAUAUGUUUCCUUUUUUGUUGACCUGUUUGUAUAAUGUAUUGAGAAAGUUUGUUUUUGUUACCUGAAGUAACGGAUCACUGAUUAAAUAUUCAAAACUCUU